UGAACAGCUUUCGUGCUCACGCUCGUACUUUUACCGUUAUACGUUCAUUUCGAGUAGUGAACGGCCGCGGUUCGCUCGCCGACGCCUCUCACUUCGAGUGCAGUAAAUAUUCCCGGUGUUUUCCUUAUCUAAUUAGCUAAUUGUUAGUCCGUGUAGGGGUUUGCCCGAGCAAGGUAGUCGUGUUCAGUCCCGACAGUGCGUCAGCGCGAGUCAUCGCGAGCCCGGCUCUCUGUGUAAACAUCAUCAUUUAUCGCUACUUUGCCAGCUAGGCACCAUGCGGUCGGUGCUCUUGCCAUAUGCCAUGUAAAACUUUGGUGUGAACAUUGAAUUUAUAAACAGAACAUUAUUUUGUGAACUCAACGGACCAUUUGGAUUGCAGUUUGACAUUCUCCAGUGAUUUGUCUAUGUCAAAAUAACAUAAAUAAGUGAUUCCCUGAUGUUAUUUGUGUUGAUGUAACAUCAAUGCAAUCGUGAAGUGUUCAAAAUGGAUAAAAAACUAGAUUUGUUAUCACUGUUGGAGUCGGACUCCUGGCCGGCUUCCGACGAUUUUCUGGAGAACAUCUUCUCCCUGGACCAGGGGUCGUUGAACUUUCUUGAGGAGUCUAUGCCAGAUUUCGGUCUUGGUCCGGACAAUUUAUCGAAGCCAUCUGAAGGGCUGAGCAGCUCAUCCUCAGACAGUGGACUCUCCAGCGACCAGGCAGAAUUCGACUUCGAACAGCAGCUCUCGCCAUUCCUGAUCCAGAACUCGUGCGAUGAAGACCAGGGCUCCACCUCGGGCCUCGAGCCUACCAGUCCAGGGAACGCCCAGGAUGUCGUCAUCCAAGACACCAGCGACGCGUCGAACAGUUCUUCAGAGGUGGUGGAAGAAGCGUUUGACAUGGCGGACUUUGAGCAGAACGUGGUCCCGGGAUUCAUCAACACUACAUUCCACAGCUCGGGCAAAACCGGUCGCAAGCGCCGCCUCUCCCAAACACCUCAAGUGGUCGUUCAACCGAAAGUUCAAAAACCCUCAGUAAAAGUAGCCGCGAGCACCGUCCAGAAACCUCAACUGGUUGUGAAGGCCCAACCGCAGAAACCCUUGAAGGUUGCCAACAUCCAAGUCCUGAAUCCGCAGACCAAGGUGUACUCGAAACCGGUGGAGACUGUAGCUCCUCAACGAAGGGUUAUUCGCGUAGCACCAAUGGCGGGCAACCCUCGGUCGAUCCUUCUCCCUGUCACCAUCAAGGACAUGAAAGACCUGAAGUCCAUUAAGAUCAUCAACGCAGCGGAUCUCAAGAAUGCGUCGAACAUCAAACUGGCAGCGGCCAAUCUGCUGUCGCAGAGCAAAAUGCAGGACAUCAAAGUUGAAUCCAGGAGCGACUAUGAAUACGACCACGGAGGCAAUAAUUGCGAUGACUCAGGCAGCGAGAGGAGCGAGGAAGACGAUGACAAGGACAGCCAGAUCAACGACGGAAAGAACGGGUAUCCCCGUCUCGUUCUAACCGCCGAGGAGAGGCGACUGUUGGCGAAGGAGGGCAUAUCGCUGCCGACCAGCUAUCCUCUGACCAAGCAUGAGGAGAGGGAACUCAAGAGGAUCAGGCGCAAGAUUAGGAAUAAAAUCUCUGCUCAGGACUCCAGGAAACGCAAGAAGGAAUACGUCGACGGGCUUGAGGAUAGAGUAAAACAAUGUACAGCGGACAACCAGACUCUAAUCAGGAGGAUAAAGAUUCUACAGUCGCAGAACCAGUCUCUGACAGCCCAACUCAAGAGAUUACAGAACGUCCUCACCGGCGUAACCGGCGGUUCCACCGGCAAGUCCGCUCAGCCGGCCACAUGCCUGCUAGUUCUGCUGCUAUCCGUGGCGCUAGUAGCGCUGCCGUCUAUGCGCGAAGAGAUGCGCCCGCGCAACGACCAGCCGUCCGCCGCGCCCGCGCUCACACGCGCUCUGCUCGCCGCCAACAAGAAUGCCUUGGAUGAGACCGUCAUCGACGACGGCGAAUUCAACAUGGAAGAGCUGAUCACAUUCAACCGCCCACACUCCGACCACGACUACCAAGUUGUCAAGACGCUGGAGGCCCCCAAGGCACCGGGGGGCUACGUCGACCUGCCCAUAGACGAAGACUGGCCCCCCAACCUCAAGAAACGCAUGAAAAAGCUCGAGUUCGACUACGAGGACGGCAGGGACUACCUGCCGCCGAUCGUCAAGGAGGAAAACUACGAAAACGUGUACAAAGCCGAGUCCAAAAUGAGACCAGAGGACGACGCGCUCAACAUCGAAAACAAUCUCCUCACGAAUACCAUCAUAUCGACCGGCAGAAAACUCGGCGAAUUGCUCGACGUGUUCCCGCCAAUACCGGUCAAAAACGAGGACAUCGUCAUUGAGGAGAUCUCAGACUAUGACACGCGAAACAUCACCGAAGUCAAGAGCUUCGUAGUCAACGGCACUCUGAACGAGUUCUAAAUUCCUUAGUAGCACAGAUUUCUAUAUUUUUUAUUUCUAUAUCUUUUCUUGUUAAAUCUUCUUUUCAGAUGAAUAUUUUAUUAUUAUUUUACAAAUGACUGUCAUUAGUUACGAUGAAAUUAUUCCUUCAUUUUAGCCUGUGGAUGCAUCUACUCCUAUAUGGAGUAGCGCCUUUUAUUUUAAGAAACGAGUUUUAUUAUAUUAUUGGAAACCGUGAUGAAUGAUUUUAUAUAUUUAGGUUAAGUAUUAUUUUGAGCGGCGUUUGAUAUUAAAAUGUCAGGUUUAGGAAUGAAAGUUGUUAAGUAUUUAUUUGAGACUUCAAAAUUAAUAUAUUGUCUGAUAAAAUAAUAUAAUAAUUUUUACAGAUCAUGCUUUGUUACGCAAUCUAGAUUAAGUUAUUUUUUAAGCAUUUUCGUGUUACUACUUGGUGCAAUUAUGUAUAAGUCUGCACUGUCUUCAGUGUUAGCUAGUUCUGUUAAGUAUUCCAUAGAUUUAUUAGUUCUUGUUCCUUUCACACAUAUUACUUAGGAAUUUGCUUCAGGCCGUUGUCUUCGGAACUUUGAAUAUGGAUUGGAAAGCUAGUUCGAAUAAACUGUGUAUGGAA